ACGAAAAUCAAUUACAUUGCCAACACGUCCUUGAUCUCUUACACAUUCUGCCCUCAAUUUCAAGUUGUCAGAAUGUCAACGCUAUCAACGCUUUCGUGCUCUUCAUAGACCACUUUCAUGCCUCCGCGGCGAUUAGCACGCAUCGGUGCAGUUAAGAAAAUGCGUAUUAGUUGCACUUUUUCGCUUAUUUUAAUGUGGAAUUAUGGCAACUUGCCAAAUUAAAUGCAAAUUGCAACAACACCAGCUUUGCUAAAAUUUGUAUGUACACAUGGUUUGAAAAAACGGCAAGUUAGUGAAGUUGAAAAAUUUCAAUGGCAUGACAGCAAGCGUCUGAGCGUUCUUCAUAUUCCAGCAAUAUGGUUUUGCCAAAACCGGUUUUAAAUGAGUUCAUUGGCUUCGAUUUCAAUAAAGCUUAACGCUUUUGGUUAAAGUAAUCAAAUGCUCAAUCCAAUACAAUUAACGCAAACUAAAUUAUUUUUGUAUGCAAUUGCAAAUAGAAAUUUUUUCUUUCUCAAAAGCUUUCAACAGCAGUUUAAGGUUUAUUAUUACAAUUUUUUUUUUUUUACUAUAUAACACUUCUUAAAGAAAAUUAAGAUACAAAAUAUUGAAACUAAUUUAAAUUACAAAACAGUUUUCUCUAAAUUAAAAACAUUUUUUUAUUGAUUUCGACUUAAACAAAUAUGCAACACUCUAUCCUCUUUUAUGAAAGCCUGUGAAAUAAAAACGGAAUAGUUUUGUUUGUAUAAUUGGUACAGAAAGCUAUGGACAAAAUAAUCCCUAAAGCAGAGAAAUGCAGUGGUCGGUGAAGUGAAAAGUUUGUUUAUUACGUUUCGUGAUACAAAACAAUGGUCGUACGUCCUUAUUAAAAAAAAAGGUUUAAAAGACAAAAAAAAAUAUUUUUUUUGAAAUUCGGUAUAAAAAAAGUUUUACAAAAAAAACAAAUAGUUAUUUCAGUUACGACAGUUACAGUUCGACUGUAACGAUUAUAUUUCAACUAUGAAUACAAUUUCACAGAUUUUUAUGCCCUGAACAGCAACCAAUACUCAUAUUAAGUUAGUAGUAUCCGUAACGUCGGAGACUCCAUAAAAAAUAUGUAUGUAUAUAAAUGAUCAGCGUGACGAGCUUAGUCGAUUUUGCCUUGUCCGUCUGCCUGUUUUUUCAGAUAUCGAUCUAAAAUUUUGUACACUUUCUUUUUCUCUUAGAAGCUGCACAUUUGUCGAAACUGCCGAUAUCGACCCACUAUAGCAUAUAGCUGCCAUACAAACUGAUCAAGCAAAAUAAAGUCCUUGUAUGGAAUAUUUUUUUGACAAGAUAUUUUCACAAAAUUGAUCUGGAUUAUUGUCGAAGGCAACGCUAUAAUCUUCGACCAAAUUUUUUGCAUCAAAACUUUUUAUUUAUGAAGGGUAUUACAGCUUCGGUACAACCGAAGUUAACGCUUUUUCAUUUUUAAGUAUAUUUUAAUAAAGAAACUUCAAUUUCUUUUUUUUCUGAUAUCACAAUUAAGUUGUUUUAAAGUAACCCUAAAAUUUGACCACUUCUGUACAAUAAAUGCUUCUACAAGUAUUUUCUCGCAAAAAAAAUCUUUUUUUUCACACAAACACAUAUUAUUUAUGCGUUUAAAAAAUACUAGGGUCGCCAGUGGUCGAAAUUCAACCAAUAGAAAAUACAAUUUAUUAACAAUGUUAAUAGUAUUUAAAUUUUAUUGAAGAAUUUGAACAAAAUAUAAAGAAAGUUGUUGAAUUAUAUAACUAACAACAUUCAUUUUAUUUUGGUGAGCUAGUUGUUUGAUAGUUACAUUUUUUACCAUUUUUUCCAAGGUUAAUUAGUUGGUUGAAUCCACAGCAACAGAACUUCAAUUCGAGAGAUAAUUUCUUUGUGUGUUUUGACGAUAUCCCUUUACUUCUUUUAUUAUUGGUGAGUUUAUUUUUACUUUCAAUUUGUAAACAAAAUUGUUUACAUAAUUUGUACUUUCGGUAGGCGAUAUUUAUUGCUAAUCAGCCAUUCAUACAAUUAAUUAAAUUAUUUUGGAGGUGUAGUGUCGUCGAUGCGCACACAUACAUCUAUUUCAUCAUGCCUUACCAUAAAGCGCUUACAAGGAGAGCACAGAGACAAAGAAAUAGAGGCAAUUUGCAAUUGAGUAGAACACGAAAUGUAAUUAAUACUAAACAUUUUAAUUUAAUUGAAGAUGAUGAUAAUGUUGAUAAUAAUUCAGUUCCUUUCAGUUCCGCCGCCUAAUUUUCUUUCAUAUUGAUUCUUUGAACUUGGUUUGUAGGCAUUGUUUAGCUAAGCAUUUUGUUUCAGAGUCUAUAAUUCGUGAAACAAAUUCCUUCAGUAAGGCCAAAUUCCAUCUUCCAAUAUUAACACAAAAUGGUUUUUUAGUUCAUAAUAUGACGGUCUCACAUCAAAUGAUAGAAAUAUAAAGAAAAGGUCCAAAAAUUAUUUCGACAAUAUUCGAAGCUACAAUUCGGCCUAGGCUAUGGUCAGUUCGGAACAAUACUUGAAAUUUAAUGUGCGUUAAACAUGUAAUUGUUAUAGAAUUCAGUGUUGCAACACGCAAUUAAAAGUGAAAAAAUCCGCCGUAAACGAUACACAAUUAUCCGAUAUAGAUAUGUAUUUGCAACUUAUACAGAACAGCGACGAAAUGUACUUCUGUAUACGACUGUAUUAAGUGUGCCGCGCAAAGGAGAAAUAACAUCGACCAAUGAAAACGCGCCACCGCGCUAGUAGUUGUUGUAGUCGCUAAAUUUGCGCCAACGCAUUUUUACCCGUGUAACUUGUGCACUUCUGCACGUCUUCUCCGUAAUUAUAUAUAUAUAUGUAUGUAGAUAUACUAAUUUUACAACAUACCAAAAGCUCUUGUCAAUCAAAAAAGGAAAAAACCAAUCCAUACAUACAUACGUAUGUAUGUACUUCUGUACACAUUCAAGUUGACCGUGAAAUAUUUUUUUUAUCUCGCACGUCUUCAAUGCGCAGUACGCAUAUUAUCUUAUCAUAGGACCGCUGGUUACAGAAGAACCCAGAAAAAUUAUGGAAAAAAUAGGAUAGGAAUUAGAAGUAGUCAUACAUACAUACAUAUAGCAGCAGUUUGUCGCCAAGGUGGAAGGCAUGCUUAUGCUAAAAAAUUUGAAAUUUCUUAGCAUUAUUUAGCAUCUCAGUCUUAUGUUUUUUCGUAUAUUGCUGCUAACGGUAGAACAUACAUGCAUCUAUAUACAUAUAUAUACUCAUUUGAUUGAGUAGUCAUAUGCGUCGGACUUUAGUUUCUACAACCAUACGUACUUGUACGAAUUGUGCAAAUAAAUGAUUUUUAAUACACAAACACAUACAUACGUUUACGAGCGUGUGUAGAAUACCACAUACAUAUGUACAUGUCUGCGCAAAUGUUACGUCAAAUUUAAAAUUUCGUGUGCGAGACGAUCACAUGCCCCUUGGCGCCCCACACACAAGCGCAUAUUCAGCUGUAUAUAUUUAUGUAUGUGUGUGUGCUCGUGCUGUUGCUGUUUCGCGUCGCUAAGUUAAUCUCUCCUACAAUAUACUUACCGACUACAUACAGUUACUUAGUAAUAAUUCUUAAGCAAAUAUAACUUCUGUGAGUGAUAUUGCGCUUCUUUUAAAAUCAAAGAUUACGUAAAUAUUAAAAUCAAAAAAAAUACCUAAUAAACUAAACGCUUAUCGUUGCGGCAACAAGCGUCCUUAUCAGCGAUGUGCAAGUUGGCUAUUCAUUCGUCAAUGCUUUUGCGCUGACAUCUGCUCAGCAUUGACGCCACCCACCCACAAACGCCUAUUUUUUUCAUCUUAUCAUUAACUCGAAUACUUAUUUAUAAGUGAUUUGAAUGAAGCAUAGAACGAAGAAAGCAAUUGCUUUUUUGCGGCCAAAGCCAAAUCACCAAAGAUUUUUUUUCUAAAUUUAAAUUUAAUUUUAGUUCAAUGCCAUUAUUAUUGUUUAAAUGCUGUAAGAGGCAUUAUGUAAUAAGACGCUGUAUGUAUGUACAUACAUUUGUUUGUAUGUAUGUGCUUAUGUUUCUUCUUGCGUGUUGGCAUUGAGCAAAACACGAGCGCUAUCUGCUUGGUACAAUACCAAGUUGGCGUUAGCAACAAAUUGCUGGCAACCCAAAGCCGCUGAGUGGAUUUUUAUGUAGCAAAUCGGAAAAUCGGAGAAGAAUUCUGUUCACUACUUUUUUGCUUUAUAAUUUUUGUCUUAUUUUAAUUUUUUUUUUUCAAUUUUGUUUUAAUUUUAUCAUUAACAGUUUUUUUUUCUUAAAUUUUUAUUUUUUUAUUUUUGUGUCUUAAAUCUUUUUUUCUUAAAAUUUUUAAAUUUUUUUUACACAUAAAUUCAAAAUAAAUGAUCGUGGGCAUAGACAAAACGUUGUCGCAAUUGUCAAACUGACAAACUCUUUCACUCGUGUAUGUGUGGAAAGCUUUCGAUGCCACCUUUCUAAGCAUACACAUGCAUUUAGAUAUAUGUGUGAGUGUGCAUGUAUUUUCACCAAUUUCACGCGCUCAUUUACCAGCGUUUUGCUAUAAUGUGUUAUAAAACCAAAAGUGCCAAUGUCUUGUCGGCGUUGGCCUUCAGCGAGAAGCCGUAAUGUAACAGAAACAUAUAAAUGUAGAAAAAAGCUCAUUUUUCGCUCUCACACUCUCUUGUGUGUGAAAGAAAGCGCAGGCGUUCCCUUGACCGUUCGCUGGCUGCCAGCCGCUCACUUCCGUGCGUUUGCGCUCUCACCCUCCUCUAUGUACAUAGAGGGUGCAAAAACUCAUUGAAGAGCUUUUUUUUUUUCUAAGUUUUGUUUUACUCAACGUCGCCAUGUAGAAUUUCCAAUUUUCCAUAAGCAAUUCAGCGGCCGUCCGGUGCAGACCUAAAGCUUGAAAGAGGAAGAAGUGGGCAAUAGCAAUUAACAAAUUUUUGUUACUGUGAUAAAUUAUACAAAAACAAAUACAAAAUGGCCAAGGAAGGUAAAGAUCCCUUUGGAUUCGUCAAGGAUUUCGCUGCGGGUGGUAUCUCCGCUGCCGUCUCAAAGACUGCUGUUGCACCCAUUGAGCGUGUGAAACUGUUGUUGCAGGUUCAACACAUCUCAAAACAAAUCAGCGCCGAUCAGCGUUACAAGGGCAUGGUUGAUUGCUUUGUCCGCAUUCCAAAAGAACAAGGUUUUGCGUCAUACUGGCGUGGUAACUUGGCCAAUGUUAUCAGAUACUUCCCAACUCAAGCUUUGAACUUCGCCUUCAAGGAUGUGUACAAACAGGUUUUCUUGGGUGGUGUUGACAAGCACACUCAGUUCUGGCGUUAUUUCGCGGGUAACUUGGCCUCCGGUGGUGCUGCUGGUGCCACUUCUUUGUGCUUCGUCUACCCCUUGGACUUUGCCCGUACCCGUUUGGCUGCUGAUGUCGGUAAGGGUGGUCAACGUGAAUUCACCGGUCUUGGUAACUGCUUGGCCAAGACUUUCAAGAGUGAUGGUCUUGUCGGUUUGUACCGUGGCUUCGGUGUUUCCGUACAAGGUAUCAUCAUCUACCGUGCCGCUUACUUCGGCUUCUACGAUACUGCCCGUGGUAUGUUGCCCGACCCCAAGAACACACCCCUCUACAUCAGCUGGGCUAUUGCUCAAGUUGUUACAACUGUUGCUGGUAUUGUAUCCUAUCCAUUCGAUACUGUGCGUCGUCGCAUGAUGAUGCAGUCUGGCCGCAAAGCAACCGAAAUCAUCUACAAGAACACACUGCACUGCUGGGCCACAAUUGCCAAGCAAGAAGGUACUGGCGCCUUCUUCAAGGGUGCAUUCUCCAACGUACUCAGAGGUACUGGUGGCGCUUUCGUGCUUGUAUUGUACGAUGAAAUCAAGAAGGUCUUGUAAAGUAAUUAACACCUACUAUCUAAUUGAGCUAAACAAUUAUUUAAUUUAAAUAUUAAAAUAAUAAAAACAAAAAAUUAAAAAAAAAAAAUACCAACAAAAAGCAGUUACCAUACAUUAUUGAAAUAAGCGAUAUAAAUAAAUAAAUGUAAAACAAAAGGUUGCAAAUUGUAACAAUACGAAGAUAGAGCGAAAAAUAACCAACAACAGUAAUUCAACAACAACAACACUGAUGAAUCUUUAGUAAGUGUUUGAUCACAAACAAAUACGGAAAAGUUAAAAAUACAAAAAUUAAUAAAAAUUGUAAAA